UUUUCCACGAUUACAUGGCGUAAUAUCCGAGGACUCCCCUUAUAUUGAUUUUGGAUCACUUUGUGUUGCUACCAAAAACUUUUCUGAUUCAAAUAAACUUGGACAAGGUGGCUUUGGUCCAGUUUACAAGGAGGUAGCAAUCAAGAGGCUCUCAACCUGUUCUGAACAGGGCUCAGAGGAAUUCAUAAACGAGGUUCUGCUCAUAAUGAAGCUUCAACACAAAAAUCUUGUAAAGCUUCUUGGAUUUUGUGUAGAUGGGGAAGAGAAGCUUCUUGUAUAUGAAUAUUUGCCCAACGGUAGCCUUGAUGUACUCCUUUUCGAUCCUAACGAACGUGCAAAGCUAGUUUGGACGAAACGCCUUGAUAUAAUAGAUGGAUUAGCAAGGGGGAUUCUUUAUCUUCACGAAGACUCUCGACUUAAAAUUAUUCAUAGAGACCUAAAAGCAAGCAAUGUGUUGUUGGACUCAGAUAUGAAUCCAAAGAUCUCGGACUUUGGAAUGGCAAAAAUAUUCGCAGGGAAUGAAGGCGAAGCUAACACAGCUACAAUAGUUGGCACAUAUGGAUAUAUGGCACCGGAGUAUGCUAUGGAGGGACUAUAUUCCAUAAAAUCUGAUGUUUUUGCAUUUGGAGUACUAGUUCUGGAGAUCAUUACAGGGAAGCAUAAUGCAGACUUCUUCCACUCUAAAAGUACUCCUAGUCUUCUAACAUAUGCAUGGCAUCUAUGGAAUGAGGGGAAGGGACUAGAGUUAAAGGAUCCCUUGUUAGGUGAUUCAUGCCAAGAAGAUGAGUUCUUGAGAUGCAUGAAUAUUGGACUGCUGUGUGUUCAAGAAGAUGCAUAUGAUAGGCCAAGCAUGUCUUCUGUUGUUCUAAUAUUGAAGAAUGAAUCAGCAAUGGUUGGCCAACCAGCGCGACCACCUUUCUCAGUAGGGAAAUUCAAUGACAAUGAUGGGCUGCACCCACACUCCAAACAAUGCUCUAUCACUUUCUUAACUGAUUCUGACAUAUUAUUGCCUCGUAACUGAAAUGUUCGUUAGUUAGUUAUAGAAUUCUGAAUUCUGAUAGUUUCAAACUACCGGUACUAUCACAUUUUCUCGAACUUCUCUUAGCUACGUCUAAAUAUAAUAAAACUUGUUUUAGUUUCGAGUA